AUGAAUGAAAAUAGACAACGAACAAAUGAAAAUGCAGAUAGAAUAAAUACACAUGUUUAUUCAUCAAAUGAUAAUAAAAGUAUGCAUAAAUCAUUAAAUGGAGAAUUUAUUCUUUAUCAAAUAUUACUUGAACAAAUUUUCAAUAAAAACCAAGCAUUAACAUUUUAUGAAAAUAGUCUUUUAGAAUAUUUUCAACCAGAUGAUAAAACUGAUAAACAAAUAAUGACAGAAUUUGAUAAAGAAUAUAAAUCGAAAAAAGCAAUUCAUUGGUAUACAAGAGAAACUUGUAUUUAUAAAAUUUUAAAUCAAGCAUUAAGAACACAAUGUAUUGAUGAUAUUAUACCAUUUGGAUCAUUUAUUAGAGAUUUAAAUAAACAAUUACAUAAAGAACAUAAAUUAUUUAUAAAACAACAAAAAACAUCAAAUAGAGAAGUUUAUCGAGGACAGUUUAUUAGUAAAGAUGAAGUUAAUCGUCUUAAAUCUUGUCAACAAGGAUUGAUUUCAAUGAAGUCAUUUUUAUCAACAAGUACAAAUAGAAAAAAAGCUUUAGAAUUUGCAACAAGCCGAUCACCACCUAAUGAUGAAUUAACAUCAAUAUUAUUAGAAAUAGAUGUUAAUUUAAAUUAUUUAACUAAACCAUAUGCUGAUAUAAAACGUCUUAGUGCUUUUCCACAAGAAGAAGAAGAAAUUCUUUUUAUGGUGGGUUCAAUUUUUCGUAUUGAAAACAUAUCUUAUGAUGAUAAAAUAAAUCUUUGGAUAGCUAAAUUAACAUUAUGUUCAUUAGAUGAUCCAGAUAUAGAAGAUUUUUCAUUAUCAUUAAAACAAGAAUUAAAUGGACAAAAUGAAUUCGUUUCAAUUGGAAAUUAUUUCAUUCAGAUGCUUAAAUAUAAUCUUGCUCAAGAACAUUUUCAAAAAAUUUUAGAUCAAAAUUUAGUGAAAGAAGAUAUCGAAUUUGCUUAUUGUUAUUAUGGACUUGCUCAAGCUAAUUAUAAAAAGGAGAAUUAUCAUUUAGCUAUAUCAAAUAUUAAUAAAGCAUUAAAAUAUUUAUUAAAUAAUUCAUCACUUAAUAAUCAUUCACUUCUAUCAUUAUGUUAUAAUGAUUUAGGUUCAAUCUAUGCUAAUCAAUCUAAUUAUUUAGUUGCUUUACAAUGUUUUAGCAAAGCUUUAUCAACAAAUAAUAAUCUAUCAAAAAUUUAUUCAGCUUUAUCAGAUGCUCAUUUUAAAAUGAGAAAUUAUUAUAUUGCAUUAGAAUAUUUAGAAAAAUCUCUUGAAUAUCAAUCAGAAACUGAAUAUCCAAUAAUUGCAAAUACAUACAUCAAUAUUGGCAAGAUUUAUGUUGCAAUCGAUGAAUCUGAAAAAGCAUUACAAAUAUUUGAUAAAGCAAUUGAAUAUCAAUUAAAAGAACUUUCUAAUACUCAUCCAGAUAUUGCUUAUACUUAUAAUGCAAUUGGAUUAAUGUUUUUAAAUAAAAAUGAUUACGAAAAAGCUUUAGAAUAUAUUGAAAAAGCUUAUCAAUUACAAUUACAAUCAAUACCAAAUAAUCAUCCUGAUUUUGCAAAUACGUAUAGAAAUUUUGCUAAUAUAUAUAUGAAAAAAAGAGAUUUAGAUAAAGCUUUAUUUUAUUAUGAAAAAGUAUUAGAAAAUCAAUUAAAAACAUUAUCAUGGAGCACUCCAUCAGUAAUUGAUACUUAUCAAUCUAUUGGAAAUAUUCAUCGAGAAAAACAAAAUAAUGAUCAAGCAUCAAUUUAUUUUCGUAAAAUACUUGACAGUCAAUUAGAAAGAAUACAAUUAGGUGACACAUCAAUAAGUGAUGCUUAUCAAAAUCUUGGAGAUUUUGUUUUAGAAAAACUCAAUUUAGAUAAAACUUUACAUAUUUAUCUUGAAUUACUUAAUAAUGAAUUAAAAACAAAACUAUAUGAAGAUUUUUCAUUAAUUCAUAUUUAUAAAACUAUUGCAAAUAUUUAUUAUAAAAAAGGUAUUUUAGAUCAAUCAUUAAUUUAUUAUAAUCGUUUACUUGAUUGUUAUUUUCAAAAAAAAACACGUGAUCAAUCAACUAUUGAUGAAAUUUAUAUUUCUAUCGGAAAAAUUUAUUUAAAAAAACGUCAUUUUAAUCAAACAUUAUUAUUUUACCAAAAACAAAACAAUAAUCACCCAUUACAUGGCAAAUCAAUUGAUAACAAUAAGCUUUGA